AUGGAGCAAUUUCGUCAGAUUGCAGAGGUAUUAGGAAGUAUAAAGGCCUUAUUGGUAUUCCGCGACGACAUUCAAAUCAAUCGAAGACAAUGCCUUUUGUUAUAUGAUAUUUUCACUUCUGCCUAUGAUUCAAUAGCCGAGGAAAUGAGAAAUUGUUUGAGAUUCAAAGAGAAGAACACCAAGUGGAAAAUUCUUGAGCAGCCAUUGAGAGAUCUGUAUGGAAUAUUCAGAGAAGGAGAAGCCUAUAUUAAACACUCCUUGGAGAACAAAGAGUGGUGGGCUAAGGCCAUUUCUCUCUACCAAAACACCGAUUGCGUCGAGUUUCACAUCCACAACUUGCUUUCUUGCGUCCCAAUCAUCGUUGAAGCGAUUGAAAGCGUUGGAGAAAUCUCUGGUUGCGAUCAGGAGGAGAUGCAAAGGAGGAGACGUGUUUACUCAAGCAAAUACAAGAAAGAGUAUAGUGAUUGGAGACUUUUCCGGUGGAAAUUCGGGAGGCAGUAUUUGGUUAGUCAGGAAUUCUGCGAUCGAUUCGAGUCGGUUUGGAGAGAAGAUAGGUGGAAUUUGGUGAACAAAAUCAGUGAAAAGAAAGUUGGGGGACUGACGAAGAAUGAGCAACGUCUGAUCGAUCAACUCUUCAAAGGCUUUGAUGUUUUAGAGCCCUUUAAUGGGAAGAAGCUCUUGCCUAGUUCAAUUCUAGUGGGAUCAAAAGACUACCAAGUAAGAAGAAGAUUAGGGAGUGGAAGUCAAUAUAAAGAGAUUCUUUGGUUGGGUGAGAGCUUUGCUUCUAGACACUUCUUUGGCGACGCUGAACGUCUAAUGCCAGAGAUUUCCUCACUUUUGUCUCUUUCCCAUCCAAAUAUAGUCAACUUCCUUUGUGGUUUUGCUGAUGAGGAAAAGAAAGAGUGGUUUCUUAUUAUGGAGCUGAUGAGCAAAGACCUUUUCAGCUACAUCAAAGAGACUUGCGGUCCAAGAAAGCGAGUUCCGUUUUCACUUCCUGUUGCGGUAGAUUUGAUGCUUCAGAUUGCCAGGGGAAUGGAGUAUCUCCACUCUAAGCAAAUCUACCAUGGAGAUUUGAAUCCUUCUAACAUACUUGUUAGAGCAAGAGGAAAUGGUAUCUCCACAGAAGGGAGCCAGUCGCAAGCAAAAGUCUCGGGGUUUGGAUUGACUUCUGUAGGGAAUUUUACACAAAAGAGUUCUUCAAGUCAAAAUGGGACUCUACCUUUUAUUUGGUAUGCUCCUGAGGUUUUGGAGGAGCAAGAACAGAAAGGAACUGCUGAGAGCUCAAAGUACACUGAAAAGUCCGAUGUCUACAGUUUCGGGAUGGUUUGCUUUGAGCUUUUGACUGGAAAAGUCCCUUUUGAGGAUGGUCAUCUCCAAGGGGACAAAAUGAGCAGAAAUAUAAGAGCAGGAGAGAGGCCAUUGUUCCCUUUUCAGGCACCAAAAUAUGUGACGAAUUUGACAAAGAAAUGUUGGCAUACUGACCCGAAUCAGCGGCCGAGCUUCUCAUCCAGCUGCAGGAUUCUUCGCUACAUAAAAAAGUUCAUCGCAAUGAAUCCCGACUAUAAUACUCAGCCAGACCCGCCAGUACCAUUGCUGGAUUAUUGUGACAUCGAGUCAGGCCUUUUGAGGAGCUUUCCUUAUUGGGGUAGUUCUGAGCAAUCACUAUCAGUGUCACAAAUCCCAUUUCAGAUGUUUGUUUAUAGAGUUUUGGAGAAGGAGAAAACAAGUGCCAGCCUUAAAGAUAACUCCGAAGAAUCUGGAAGUGAUGCGGCUUCAAUCUGUGGAGAUGAAAAUGUGAUCACAAUUGAUGAUGCUUUCCCAUCAACACCAGAAAGGAAAUCUCUAGCUUCACCUGAUAGUAUGAACAAGAGACUCUCAUUGUUUAAGAAGUCUUCAGAUGUAAAAUUCAACAAAACAAAUUUUGUCUUUGGACUUGCAGGCACACCAAAAGGACGAUCAGUACGGCCGCCACAAAUAAAUCCUCCAGGGAGAAGUAUGAGGAGAAAUUCAGAAAGCCAACUAAUGAUGUUAAGUCCAAGAAUAAAAAGAACAUCAUCUGGUCAUGCCUCAGAUUCAGAACUCCCUUAGACGUUUGAUUUACCAAAUCAAUGUAUCCAAAAAUCCAGAAGAAUCGGCUCAAGUCUAAAUUU